AUAUAAAAACUAUGGCAAAUUUAUCUAAACCUUUAAAUUCUCUUAAACAUGGAAAACUAAAUAAAAUUUAUUGGGGAUUAGCGUUUUUCAUAAUUUCUUUAGCUAGUUGGGCUACUGGUAGAAUUUCAGAACUAAUUACUUGGUUUUUUAUAAUUUUAUUUUGGCUAUUAGUUAGUAUUGUUUCCUUUCUUUUCGGAUAUCUUGGAUUUCAAUUAAUGUUAUUUAAUGAUAAACAAGAAGCAUAUGAAAUUAUAUUAAAGGAUAUAAAAGAAGCAACAGACUGGUUACGACAACAUGGUAUUGACGUCGAAACAUAGGAGAAAAAAUAUAUAUACAUAUCCAAUGUAUUAACACUUAUACGAAUAUAAAAUAUAUCUAUUUUAAAUGAUAUUUAUAAUGUAUAAAUGAUUGAGU